UUUAUUUCUCCUCCCUUCUCUCUCUCUCUCUCUAUCUCCCCCAAGGAACAAGAAAAAAAAAAUGAAGUUUGGUAAGAGUCUCAGCAAUCAGAUCGAGCAGACACUUCCUGAAUGGCAAGACAAGUUCUUGUCUUACAAAGACCUCAAGAAACGCCUCAAACUCAUCCCUUCUUCCAAGUCCCCUCCUCUUGCUGCUGAUCCUCGUCCCGUCAAACGCCUCCGUCUCGAUCCCUCCUCCGCCGAUGAUUCCUCCUCCGCCGGCAUGUCUAAUGAAGAGAUCAGUUUCAUCCAGUUGUUAGAAGACGAGCUUGAGAAAUUCAAUAAUUUCUUCGUUGAGAAAGAGGAAGAGUACAUCAUCCGAUUGAAGGAGUUUCGUGAUAGGAUUGCCAAAUCUAAAGAUUCAAUGGAGAAGAUGAUCAAAAUCAGGAAGGAGAUUGUUGAUUUCCAUGGCGAAAUGGUUCUUCUUGAGAAUUACAGUGCUCUUAAUUACACUGGAUUGGUUAAGAUACUGAAGAAGUAUGACAAAAGAACAGGUGAUCUCAUGCGCUUGCCCUUUAUCCAGAAAGUUCUUCAGCAACCUUUUUACACUACAGACUUAUUGUACAAGCUUGUCAAAGAAUCCGAGGCAAUGCUUGAUCGCUUCUUCCCGGCCAACGAAACUGAGUCUGAGAAUAUCAUCCAAGCUGAGCUCUCCGAGCACAAGUCCAUGGAGAGUCUCCACAUGAAAAGCACCAUCGCUGCUCUCCGUGUUUUGAAAGAAAUCAGGAGCGGCAGCUCUACCGUCAGCGUCUUCUCCUUGCCUCCUCUUCAGUUGAACGGCUUAGAAGACGAGGCUUGGAAGAAGAUUCCUUUGAUGGAGCAAGAAGCCAAAUAGAGAGUGAGUGAGAGGGAGCAAUACACUCUUCUUUUCCACUUUUUUCUUCUUUUACACAAUAGAAAGCUAACAGAUUAAAAACCAGAUAUUAUUAUCCAUCAAUGUACACAAAAACGCAGAAGAAACGACAGGAUCUUAAUCUGGACAGCUUUGCUUGUUGCUCAUCCUUAGGUUACACAAAACUACUAUGUAACUUUGUUUCUGUGUUGUUGGGUUUGUAGUAAUUGAUGUAAUAUAUAUCACUCUCUUCAGAUGAUUAAUUAUUGAUUUCUCCUUUCCGCA